CACAGACCCCAACCCAGACACACACAGCACAAAGAGAGGCAGCGGAAGUCAAGGGACCCAGCCAGCUGAAGCAUCACUGCUCCCCACGACAAACAGCAGAUCUCAGGCCUGUUUCUACACCCGCCGGAACAAAAAAAUCAACCAAAAAAAACAACUCAAUAGCAAAGAUGCCAUUCUGUACUGUGCUGGAGAAGUGUAAUGGUGUGGUGGUGGCAGCUGAGCUGGCCUGCAGCGUACGGGAGGAGAACAAGGCUCAGAGAGAGAGCUACACUGCUGACUGGAACAGUGUUAGCCUCAAACGUCAACCUGAGGAAAGGCAGGCAAUGAACAUGAAUGACACCUGUCGUAGAGAGACUCUGUCCCGACAGUGGCAGGCACGCUGCCUGAAACAAACCUGCCCCUCUGGUGUGGUCAGGGUGGGAACAGUGGAAACAGGAGUGAGGGAGCACCAGCUGCUUCCUAAGAGAAAGACCCUGCCUCUGCCCAUUUUCACCCCUGCAGAGUUGGGCAUCAGACUGGGACGUGGCGCUCCCCACACCGAGGAGGAUCUGCAGCCUUUCCCCACUCCAGACGGAGCCUGUCCCAGAAAGAGGAGCGUGGACGAGAUCACAAGAGAUCUUCCCCCAGUCAAGCCGACUCUCAUGGAGUUCUCCAAAGCGCCCAAGGCUCUUGGCCGCUCCAUGUCUCUGGAGGCACAGAGAGGCUGAAGGCGAAGGGAUAACUGGGGGGAGAGAGGGUGAUCUGAUGAGAUGGGCAGGAGGACAAAUGGAGAAAGUUAGAUGAUGAAGGACACCAAGUUCAUAGAUUAACCUCGAGUGACAUCCAUCAUAAACUGUAGAAGCUGUAGAUUUUUAGCUCCAGAUAAGUGUCACCUUAGUGAGUGGGUAUAUGAAAGAAUUCACUCUGUGACGGAGCGUAAAGGUGUGUGUGUGAGGGUGUGUGUGCUCAGCUGUGCCGUGGACUAGUGUCUGCCUGUGCUGGCCAUUAGCAUCUGCUGAUCUUUGAGUGGGAUCACUUUCAUCCAGCUGUUCCACACUGGUGCACUUUAAUGCUGCAUGCACUUCCUCUAGGCUUUUGUUUGAACCACCGUACUGACAAAAUGGCUGCUGACGGAACGUAAGAGAAAGAGAUGAUGGAUGUGAACGGCAGGAGCAGGUAGCACCUGUGAAGGUAGGAGUCAUGGGGAGGACUCCACAUUAUGAUGUCUGUGAAGUGUUCAGAACAGAAUGAUCUGGAAUGAUCCUGCACUAAUGCUGUAAAUAUUGUGGUGUAAGAUUUUCAUCAGAAAAUAACCAAAUAUGAUGUAACCUGUUCCCUACUGUGAUUGUGUUUGUUAGAACUGUUUAUCUAGGAAACUAGACUCUUGUGAAUACAUUUGAAAUGUGUGCAAUUGAUGUUGAAAUAUUUGUUAUAGAACGUUGUUAUUUUUAAAAAAUAAAAGUUUAAAAA